GUGUGCUGUGUGGAAUGCUGAGUUGACGAAAUGUAUUGUGAUAUAGUAGUACUUAUUUUUUUAAUAAAUGUGAUUGGGAGGUCGUUUUCACACAUAAGUGCCGAUUCGAAUUCGUUAUCAGAACUGUAUGAUAUAGAAGGGAAAAUAUAUCCUCCUGAGGCACAAGUGUUGAGUAACUGGCAAGUUGUAACUAAAGUGCUUGUUAAUGGUGGUGAGUUUAUAGGCUUUUUGAAAGAGGAUGGUACUUUCACCAUACAUAAUGUGCCUUCAGGAUCAUAUGUACUAGAAGUAGUCAAUCCGGAUUAUGCCUAUGAACCUGUGAGAGUGGAAAUAAAUUCUAAAGGCAAAUAUAGAGCAAGAAAAGUAAAUUAUAUACAGACAUCUCAAGUGAUACCAGUGACAUACCCUUUAAAACUGAAGGCUCUGUCUCGCUUAAGGUAUUUCCAGGCAAGAGAGCAAUGGAGAAUCACAGAUUUCCUGUUCAGUCCUAUGGUACUUAUGAUGGUACUACCAUUGUUACUUAUCAUGGUACUCCCAAAAAUGAUGAAUGAUCCAGAAACAAGAAAGGAGAUGGAGCAGAUCAAUAAUUUAACUAAGUAUGAUAUGCCAGAAAUGUCAGAAGUACUGACUUCAUUUUUUGCUGGUGGAGAAAAACAGAAAUCCAGAGCAGUCAAACCAAGCAAAAAGAGACAGUAACAGAAGAAGAUGAUGUAUAAAAAUGGAAUGUGAAAUUUUCAUUUUCAUAAAGAAUUUAAGACUCUGUCAUGCUUUACAUGUUUUUAUUUGAUAUUUAUAUCUUGGAGUACAGCAUCACAGUGAACUGAUUUAAUCACGGUUGGAAAUGUAUUAGUGAUUAGUAUUUGGCAAACUACUGAAAAUUUUUCACAAUUGUUUAUAGAUCAUGGCUCGAACAUCAGUUUGUUAAAGAUUUAGUUUUUAUUUUACAAAAUGUGCUCUAAAGGGUUAAUGCAUGAAAGGUGAUCUGAAAACGAAUAUCUCAGAAUUGCUUUGUGUGUGUGUGUGUGUGUAUGUGUGUGUGUGUGUGUGUGUGUGUGUGUGUGUGUGCGUGCGUGCGUGCGUGUGUGUGCGUGCGUGCGUGCGUGCGUGUGUGGGUGUGUGUGGUCAUAUGCUUGUGUUUGCUUGUGAGAGACAUGACAGAUAUUACAUAUGGGAACAAGAUCCGUUUGGAAUUUAUUUUUCAGCCCAAAGGAUGCUCUGUAAGAAUCAUGAAUGGUUGUUGCUUUAAGACUAAAAAAAGAAAAACCUAAUAUACUGGUGUGGGAAAGUAAUCCUCUUGUUUCCUUCUUGUUGGCAGGAUUUUGAUACAUUCAUGCAUUGGAAUCGGGUAAUAACUUUUUGCACAAGGUUGUUAUUAACUUUCAGUGUGAAUUAUUACAGUUAGAAAGUUUUUCUCUGAUAUAUAACUUAUUGUGGUAAAACUGAAGACAACAUCUCUUAGUUAUGCUCUAACCUCUUAGUUAUGCUCUGAAACUUUUUGUUUUAUCUAUUGUCUGCUUAUCUAUGCUACUACAGUAGCAUUGUUUUAGGUUAUAUAAAAAAUUCAUUAUUAUGUUCUGUAUUUCCACAUGCAGUGGAAUGGAUCACAGUAGUUGUAGUAAUAGUUGUUGUUAUUUUCUUCAGUCUGAAGACUGGUUUGAUGCAGCUUUUCUAUUCUCUGCAAGCCUAUUCAUCUCUGUAAUAACUAUUCCAACUUACAUCCAUUUGAACUCUGUCCAAUUCUUGUUUUCCCUCUAAAAUUUGUACCAUCACACUUCCCUUUAUUAUCAGACUGACUGUUCCUUAAUGCCUCAGAAUGAGUUCUACCAACUGUUCCUUUCUUUUAGUCCAGUUGGGCCGUACAUUUCUUUACUCUCCAAUUUGGCUCAGUACCUUUUCAUUAGUUAUCUUCUCCUCCCAUCUAAUCAUCAGGAUUCUUCUGCAGCACCAUAUUUCAUAAGCUUCUAUUUUCUUCCUGUUUGUAUUGUUUGUCUGUGUUUCACUUCCAUACAAGGAUAUAAUUCAGAUAGAUCCCUUCAGAAAAGACAACAUAACAUUUAAAUUUGUAUUUGAUGUUAAACAGCUUUUCUUCUUGAGAAACACUUUUCUUGCUAUUGCCAGCCUGCAUUUUAUAUUCUCUUUACUUUGGCUAUUGGCAGUAAUUUUUCUGUCCAAAUAUCAAAACUCAUGUACCACAUCCCAUGUGUCUUUUCCUAAUCUAAUUCUCCUCUAGAUUGUCUGAUUUAAUUAGACUUCAUGGGUCACUAUACUUAGAUUAAAGUAACAUUGUUAUAGAUGUCAAGUAUUGGGGCCAGCUGCCACCCAAUAGAACACAGUGUUUGCUGUGUUGUAGGUACUUGCAGAGUCUUGUCAAGUGUGCGUGCUUGCAGGCUAACAGAAAUCCCCCCCCCCCCCCCCCCAAAUAUCUCUCUCUCUCUCUCUCUCUCUCUCUCUCUCUCUCUCUCUCUCUCUCUCUCUCACACACACACACACACACACACACACACACACACACACACACACACACACACACACACAGCAAUCUCUCAAUUGCAAACUUAUUUUAUUCGUGCUGGAAGUGACUUUCCUGUAAUGUCUCACCUUGCAGUUAAUGAAUUAACAUUAUCUUUGGUCUCACUCUGGCUGUGCUUGCAUCUCUCAUUUGUAAUACAGCUUCCCUGCUUUCUGCAAACUAUCUUAGUGUUUUUAUAUGUUUUUUUUUAUGCAUACGUUGUUUCAUUUUCUGAGGAGAUUUUUCUUGAUACAAUAAGACAAUUACAUUCGUAAUGGAAAACAUUCACUGUUAGACUGUAAAAGAAACAAUAUGUUGAGUAAGAAGUCUGAGAAAAGACAUUGCCAUUGUUAGGAGUAUUUGUUAUUAAUACUUGAGUCUACUAAAAGUAAUUUUAUUGCCUGUUAGUCAGCUGAUGUUUAUUUGUAAAUAUUAAGUGAAAAUUUAUAGCUGGAAUACAUGAAUGUGUGUCCUAGUCAUUCUAUACUUAUGGAAAAUGUUGCGAGUGAUUUAAUUUUCAGCAGAUAUGUCUAAAAAAUUUCGUGUUCGUGUGAGUGCUGUGGACAAAUUUUUCUAUGCAGAAGUCUUAAGUUUUAGCAAAGUCACGCUUCUGCAAGGAAAACCCAAACAUUUAGCAAUUCCUGUUACUACAGUUGACCAUUCUUGAGAAACAGAUGUGAAUGCAGUACAUCAUAUGCAGCUGGUACUGCAUAGUACGCAAACGUGUGCCUUAUUUCAUCUCCUUGUUUAUGAUCUAUAUAUUGUACAUUUUAAUAAUGAAAUCCAAAAUAAUUCUUUACAAAUAUGAUUACUGAGGGGGGGAAGCCAGAGGACCAUUUCGUUUUGGUACAACUAAUUGAAACAUCAAAAUUUCAUUAUCUUACAAUCAUUGUAUUUUGAUAGUAGUAGAAUCUAUUGUACUCCUAAUAUAAAAACAAUUUUGUUAUAUGCAUAUCAUAUUCUCUUUAGUGCAGUGAUAGUGUGUGAAUUUUGAUUGUAAAUUGUGGCCUGUGAAAUAAAAGGGCAGUAUGUAGGAAUUAUGUAUUGCUACACUGGGAAAUAGUUUUGAGAAUUGCAUUUUCUUGAGAAUUGUGAGGCAUGAAGAGGAAACGUUCAGAUGAUCUUUGUUUCAAUACCAUACUUCCUAAUUUUGUGUUUGUAUUAAAAUGCUUCUUCUUGGAUACUGUCUGUAAAAACAAAUUCUAAAAAACAAUGAGUGCGGGUCAAUAUACUGUUACCUUAGACCAUAUUCCCCAUUAAUUGAGAACCAUAUUUUUUUCAAAGCAAUCCGUUUUAAUUUGACUCUGACCCAACCUAACCCUCCAUUCUCUUUGUGCCACCACCCCUUAAAAAAAUGUAAAUGUGUACAUGCAUGUGCGUUCGCCACUGCAUGCUCGUACACACACACACACACACACACACACACACACACACACACACACACACAAAGGUUAAACUUCAGGACAAAGACCUUCACUUGGUCACUCCUUUUGCUUAUAGUAACAGUUACCGCACAAAUUGUCACCAGCAGUGCCACUGUUGCAGAAUUUUUUUAAGUAUCCACAAAUUUGUGCUUGUAAGUUUGUGGAAUAAAAGUUAUAUGAACAUU